CCGCCAUUAAUGGAAAAGAAUACGAAGAGCGGAAUGAAGAAGAAAAGGGCGGAAGUUUGAAGGAAGAAAGAAAACAAAUUAAUUCGCUAACAGGACGGCGUCAAAAUGUUGAAAGAUUUAGUAAAGCAGCGACUAAUGGCGGCUGCGGACGAAAUUUUCGAGCUGUUUGAAAGAACGAUAGCGUCAUACGAGGAGGAACUUUGUCGAACGAGAGCGGAGAAGGAUCGACAUCGACGGCAACUGGAGGCUGUUAGCAAGACUCGAUGUGUGGUACGAAUUGAAGAUGUCCAGAAGGUGAUUGAUUGUCAAGAAAGUCCCGCCCAGCCACAAGAUGGGAGCUCCACUUUGAAGCAGGAGGAUCCACAGUCCCCCCGUGUUAAAGAGGAAGAGGAGGAACUCUGGAUCACUCAGGAGGGAGGCAGUCUCGCCUCUGUGAAGACCGAAGACCAUGAAGAACCUUCAAGCAGCAGCUCACCACAACACGAAACAGGAUCUGAUGGAGACCACUGUGGACGAUCACAAGCAGACGACCUCUUACCUCCAUUAUCAGAUAGUGACGACACAACAUCUCAUGAGGUUGAAGAAGACCAUCAAGAAACUUUGAAAAGCGACUCAAAUGACCCAAAACACUCUCGCUGUUCAAAAAAGAAGGCGCGUAAACAAUGUUUGACUUGCCCAGUUUGUUGGGAAAACAUUUCCAGUAAGAGCGAUUUGGCUCGACACAUGCGGACGCACACUGGCGAACAACCGUUUAGCUGUUCCGUUUGUCAUCAAAGAUUCUCCCACAAGUCAAAUAUCAUAACACACAUGCGUACGCAUACGGGGGAAAAACCUUUUGGUUGCUCGGUUUGUAACAGAAGAUUCUCUCAAAAGUCAAAUAUGAUGAUACACAUGAGAACGCAUACGGGAGAAAAACCAUUUAGUUGUUCGGUGUGCGGGCGACGCUUCUCUGAAAAGUCAAGCAUGGUUUCGCACAUGAGAACGCACACCGGGGAAAAACCUUGUAUUUGUUCCAUUUGUGGUAGAAGAUUCUCGGAAAAGUCCAAUAUGGUUUCACACAUGAGAACGCACACCGGAGAAAAACCUUAUAAUUGCUCGGUUUGUGAUAAAAGAUUCACUAAUAGGAUAACUAUGGUCAAACACAUGAAAACACACACAGGGAAUAAACCUGUUGAUUGCUGAUUUCACAGUCUCAAAACCGAACUUGAACAUAUGUACCUGUGUAUAUAACUGAAUUACGACUAUUGUGGGACUGUCUGGUUAAAACACAAACGUCACACAUUUUUUACAUUCAUUACUAGUAUUUUUUUUGGGGCGGGGCCAUCAAAAAUGUGUCCUAUGGUGUAUCCUAGGUUGUCCAAAGUAAUCUUAUUUUCUGUUACGGGUCCGUGAUAUAUUUUAAUAUAAGUAACCAGUGUCUCACAUGUCCAGGCCGACUUUUUUAAAAUAAAUUACCAUUGAGAAAAUUGUUAUUUUUGAACAUGUAUUUCCCUCUGAGAUUGGUGGUAUAAGUUUCAACACAGGAAGAAGAAGACAUGGAAAAAGUACAGGGCAUGGAAAAAAACUUAGGACAUUCAUGGAAGCCUGUUUCUGUCGUUGACAGGAAAUAAAUUCCAAUGUUAGUCACAAUUAUGAGGUAAUAAGUCCAGAUUAUGAUAUAAGAAAUCAUAAUUUUGUGAUUAAAA